AUGGCCUAUUCUGUUGACGAAGAAAUCGCCAACUUCUUCGAGCGAACUACAGCGACUCGCUCGGCCUGCGACACUUUUGCAAGAGAGCAUCUUGGUGGUAAAGUCGUCCCGGUAGCCGUGCAGGGCGUGUGCAGCUAUACCGUCUAUGCUGGACCAGAUGACGAAUUUGUCGCUCAGUUUCACCUCAAGCCUCACCGGCUAGACAUGGAGACGGUAGAUCUGGCUCGCACUAUUUAUGGCGAUUAUGCUCCCCAGGUCGCCUUUAGGGGAGAGGUUGUGGAAAAUGUGGAGGGCAAAGAAACCCUCUACAUCUAUGUCAUGUGCAGAAUACCGGGAAUUAGCUACUUGGAUUUUAUCCUGGCUCAUAACAGUCAAGUCCCCAAAAAUUCAGUUGAGUUUUCUUCAUGGCGCCAGAAUUUUAUAAUCGACGUCGCGAGGUUCUUUGCGCUUUCGUGGAAAUCCCCUCAGGUUGUUGAUCAAAUCUACAGCGACAGUCUACAUCAUCAACAUAAGAGAGACCUUGAGUUACUACUCAUUUCUCUGCCGGACCGUUUUCGCCCUUUGAUCCAGAGACCCAUCAGCGCUUUACCGUCCGUUUUGUCUCUCCCCAUGGUCCUACUACAUAAGGAUUUUGGUGCCUGCAAUAUCAUGGUGAAAGAAACGUCAUGCAAUCUAGUUGGAGUGGUGGAUUGGGCUGAAGCAGAGGUUGCGCCAUUUGGCCUGAACCUUCACUCCCACCAACGACUAAUAAGCAAUAUUCAUCUCAAAACUGGUUGGAUCAUAUACGACGAUUACACUAUAUUGGAGGAUUUAUUCUGGAGCACGUUCAACAAGGAAGCUGGAGGGCUGGGCAAUGAGACGAUCGAGACCAUCAAAGCAGCAAGAACUGUCGGCUUGUUGCUGUCGCGCGGCUUCACUAGCCGUCUUCCAAAUGCCCCGGCGCCAGUACCUAUUCGGGACGAUGAAAGCGGAGCAUAUAAUAUGCAUGAUCUCGAUGGGUUGUUAAUCAAUCUGUCUACGAGAUUUACAGAUCUGGCAUGA